GCCGCCACCGCCGCCAUGGCGACCCGCCGCCCCGGAAGCGCUCCCUGGGGCCGCGUCAUCGCGCCGCGCCGCGCUCUGAUUGGCCGGGCGGCUGCGGCCGUUGGGUUUAAGCGCGCGGCGGGCGCGGGUGCUGCAGGGCUCGGUCGCUGUCCCGCCGCCCCCCUCAGCCCCGCCAUGGCUCCCUCGAGGAAGAAGGCCGGUGCGAGCACCCGCGCCAAGAAGCUGGCGGCCUUCCUGAAGGACUUUGACCGCGAGGUGAAGGUGCGGCUGGACCGGCUGCGGGUGAACGGCGAGCGCCUCGUCAGGGAGGUGGAGAACCUGUACGAAAUGGAGAUCCUGCGGCUGCCCCCGGCCCACCGCGACAUGAACUGGCUGGAGUACUUCGCUAAAGGAGGAGGUGAAAAGGUGUUAGAAGAGGCAGUAACGGCAGACUUGGAAAUAACAGAAAUAAACAAGUUAACAGCAGAAGCUCUCAGUACUCCUUUAAAAAUCUUCAAGAAAGUGGAAAAAUCUAAACAGGUUAUUGAAGCUAUUGAAGAAGAAGUAGACCCUCCUUUGCUUCCUCUAGCAAAGAAAGCAAGACAUGAUAGCCAGUGUCUUCCAGGACUAGAGGCUGAAAACAUUAAUCCAAGAGCUGGAAAGAUGAAGGCAUCCACUAAAAAAGUGCCAGGGUCCAGGAGCAGAAGACCUCCUUCAACCAGAGUGAAGCGUAUGAGUAAAAGAUCAAGCAAAACCAACUUUAUCACUCCAGUUAAUGGUAGAAUUGUUGAUAUCUCUGCUCGGGGAGGUACCUCCAUGAUCACACCCAGGUUUGAUUCCAGAAUUUUCAAGACACCAGGCUUGCGCACACCUGCAGUAAAUGAACGUGUUUACACCAUCUCUGCCAAUGGCAGCCCCCUUGCCAACAGCAAUGAUAUCUUCAUUACAGUCCCUGUUGGAGGAGGGGAGAGCAUCUGUUUAACAGCAAGUGAUUUGACCAAGAAGAAUAUUCUUCAUCUGAAUCCAGAGGCCCAAGGAAUUAUGAAGAAGCUAUCAGUUCGCCUUGCACAAGCUUGCAGUGAUGCCAAAAAACCCACAAAUUUAAUUCAAUGAAUAGUGACAUCUCACUCUAAAUACAGAAUAUUACAUUUAGGACUGCUACCUUUAGUUCUGGUUCUGUGUCUUCCUUCUAUUAACUUACAGAAUGGAAGUUAAGAACUAAUUUUUCUACCUAUCAUAUGUAAUGGGAUUAGAAUAGAUUUUUUUAUGAAUAAAAAAAAGCAAACUUUAUGUCCAGUUUCCUUUAAGGCUGAGACAAAAAUACAGUUAUCUUGGGCUUUCAGAUGAGCAAGCUGGGCAGAAAAGCUAUUCUGGUAUCUUGUGGAAGAUGUAAGCGGUGGACACAAGUGACAGGAGUUUGUAUCUGUCUGGCAAAGAAAGCAACUGAUCGGUUUGUUGUGUGCUUCCAUGCAUGUCCUUUCUCUGCAAGUGUGCUUAAGAGGUGACUCAGUGUGGAACCUGAGAUACCUAGAGGCAAGUUACUGGUGCCUGGGACUAAAUGGAAAGCUUCUUGUAGUUCAUGGUGCUGCCAUGAAUGACAAUCCUUUUGUUCUUACAGCAGCCAUUGUAUUUGUAACUGGCUUUCAGAUUUCUUUUUAUAGUGAGCUUGUGCAUUUUAUUGUUUUUUAAGAAAUAAAAGAUCACAGGUACUUUUACAGAAUCAGCUAGCUAGACUGUUACUUAACCAGAUUACUGAAAAUAACCAUAGAGCUACUGGAGUAUCUCUAAUGUGAGAGAACUUUGCUUUUCCUACACCCUCUUCAAAAUCUUCAGGAGAAACAGUACUCCUAGAGCUGAGUACCGACAGGAAAGAAGAAAGCUCAGACUAGUCAGAACAUUUCGCCCUUUCAUCUAAAUUGAGUUGGUUCAGAGGAUUUGACAGAGCCAUAUCCAAUAAAUGCUAUUCAAACAGAACAAAAUAACUUCCUCUGACAUUAAUGUUUUUCUCAAGGAGAAAUCUUGCUCCACAUCAAAUUCAUGAAAAUUCAUGAACUUUAAAUGUAGCCUCUUGGGAAAGAGCUACUGUAUAUAAACUUACAAAUAUAAGCAGGAGCACUCCUCUGACAUAAUGCUUCCUUGCAAAAUGAAGCAGUAAAGUAGCCACGUGAUGUGCAGACAAGGAGAGUUACGAAGCAGAUGUUUAUUGCAGCACCGGGUGCAAGGGGGAUCGCUCCUCCUAACUUGCACACUUAACUUUAGUGUAUAAAUAUGUACUAUGAGUAAAGUUCUGCCCAGAUUCUACACCUACUAACUAAUUAUUGGUUAGUUGCUUUCUUGCCUCAAUUUAAAGGUACAGUUCAUACUAAAUGUACUCCUCCCUGAGCGGGGGAUCCACCCUUUUCAGGGUGGGAUGGGCAUUUGAGUAGGAGGUCACAACCUCCCACUACCACAAUUAUUUUACCCUAGUAUCCUUGGGACUUAGCUCUUCAGCAGUUAGUUUUCUUUUAGCAGUUAGCACAUCCUAGUCAGAAGGCUCCUUAUUUACAUUCUUGUGGAGCUCAUCUACAUCUGUACUGACUGUCCCUUGAAGUGCUGAGUGGGCUGAGCUCCUGACCUUCUCUCGGAGACAGCAAGGCUCUUGCUUACAUGUUCAUGUUGAUCUAUGCAGCUGCUGUCUGCAGCAGAGUUUUAGGCUUUUCACCGUAUUUUCUUGCAUCGCUUGUGCUUUCCUGCAACAACCAUCUUAUUUUUCAACAGCCUGGAAAAGCAGAGCUCUCUAUGAAGCACUAGCUUUUUGUGGGAAGAUUGCAUAAAGUCUUAAAACAUAAAAGAUUCUGCUCACUCAAAACUCAGUGUUUCAUUUUUAUUGUCAGUCUUUGUAGCUGGUACAGGAUGGGAGAGGACGCUUGCUUGUCUGUUGAACUAAGAUGUAGAAUCCCUCAAAAGUUAGCUUUGAUUCCUAAAGCGUUAUUCUGUAUGGUUCAUACAAAGUCAACUAUGUAAAAUAGCAUCUGCAAGAGAGAACUUGAUAAUCCUCUUCCUGUUUUAGCAGGGCAGCUAACAUGAGAACAUUUUUUAAUUGGCAUGUUGAGAGCAUUCAGAGUAAAGAACUGUGCUUUUAUCUAACUUCUUGUCUAAGGUAUUUCUUCCUAAAAAUAAGACUGUUUCUUUGUUGGUAGGUGCACUGGCCCUUCCAAAGAUACUUUUUUGUCCUGAUUCAAACCUCUUUGAAGGGGCUAUAAACAAGGAUUUUGAGACUUUUGGAAUUUUUCAAGGUUUGGAAAAGUUCUGCUUUUAGCAGAAGCCAAGCUUACAGCAUGAUUAAGCAACUUUUCCCAGCCUUUCUUCUAUCAGAGGUAAUUUAUGCUUUGAUGUAAAUCUUUGACGCAGCGUGUAGUAUGGGAGAAAGCUUGUAGAAUAGCAUUCAUACGUGAAUUUCGUUUAAAAAGCAAACCUGUGACUGUAAUCCUCGAGGAUGAGACCAUGCAUCUGGAAAUCUGUUUUAAGAGGUUUUGGCAGCUUCAAAGUCCUAUAACUGCAGGUGGCAGUAUUGUAAACUACUAAGCUACAAGUGCACUUGUCUUGUUAUCUUUGUUGAACUCUGUUAACAUAUUAAGAAGAAAAAACCUAAUUAGUUAAGCUGUAAAUAAAAUUGUAACUUGCUUGGA